AUGGUGAGAAAGCCUACUCGCGACCCUAGAGAAUAUAAACACAUAACUCUUCCUAACCAGCUUCAAGCAAUCCUCAUAUCCGAGCCAGAAUCUGAAGGUCAAGCUGCAUGCUCUCUAACAGUGGGCGUCGGCUCUCUCAGCGAUCCUCAAGAUUUGCAAGGAUUAGCCCAUUUCUUAGAACACAUGUGCUUUCUUGGCACUGAAAAAUACCCAGACGAAAAAAGUUUCAGCCAAUUUAUAUCACAGCAUGGUGGAUAUUGCAAUGCAGAGACUAAAUGAGGGUCCACAAGUUUUUUAUUCUUUUUUAAAUUAAAUAAUUAUUUUCAAAAUUACUUUAAUUUUUUUUUAAAUAUUCAUAAAUUAGCACUUUAUUUGAAGUUGACCCAGAAGAACUUGAAGAAGCCCUUGAUAGAUUUGCUCAAUUUUUUAUUUCUCCGCUUAUAAAAGAAGAAUCUUCUAGCAGGGAAAUCCAAGCCAUUGAGGCUGAGUUUAAUGAAGUAAUACAAAACGAUGCUGUCAGAAGAGAGUCACUUUUUGGGUUUUCAUUGAAUUCUCAGCAUAAGAUAAACUCUUUUUCUUGGGGAAAUAUCAGAAGUUUGGCACAAAAGCCUAAUCUGCAUCAGGAGACGCUGAAUUUUCAUAGUCAAUUUUAUUCAGCGAAUAUAAUGACACUGUGUGUUUAUUCUCCUGGUAUUGAUAUGGAAACUUUAGAGUCUUGGGUGUCUGCGAAAUUUGCAGAAAUUCCUAACAAAAAUAUUUCUCCUUUAUACACAGACUUAGGAAUUCCUUCCGUCGAAAACAAUAAUAAAUAUUUUUGUAUUGUCCCUGUAAAAGACAUAAAAACCAUUGAUAUUACAUGAAUGGUGCCUCCGUUUUGAAGCUAUUAUACAUCGAGACCAGACUGCUAUUUAGAAAGUCUAUUAGGACAUGAAUCUAAAGGAAGUAUUUUAUAUUUUCUAAAACAAAAUGGACUGGCAACUGGCUUAAGUGCAGGGCCAUUUAUGGAGCAUACCCGAUCUUGAUUUUCUUUAGGAAUCCAAGUAAAACUUACCAAAAAAGGCUUGGAGCAGAUAUGGGCUGUUAUCAAUGCAAUUUUCACAUAUAUAAACUUGCUGAAAUCAUCAAAAACACCUUGCAUGUAUUUCUAUAACGAGCUAAAACAAAUGCAGGAGUUAGAAUUUGAAUAUUUUGAAAGAAUGGAGCCUGUUGAUUAUUGCUCAAAAAUAAGUGACGCCCUUCAGCAUUUCCCAGCAGAUAGAGUUUUGACUGCAGGAAUUUAUGAUUUAAUUGAAGAAUUAAGCUCAGAUGCAAUAAACCAUAUGCUUGAAUAUAUUAUGCCUUAUAUUUAUAAUUAUUUUUAAUAUAAUUUAUUAUUUAUCCAUUAUAUUAGGUCUUUCUAUCCAAAUCAAAAAUAAUUAUCUGCAUAUUCAUGUAUAAAAUAAAUAAUUUUGAAAGGGCGCGCAUUGAUAUAACUUCAAAUUUCUAUGAAAAUGAAGCCAAUAUGGUAGAAACAUGGUUCGGCACAAAAUACUGUAUAAAAGAUUUACCAGAAAUCCCUAACAGCCCAGAAAUUGCUGAAAAACUAUACUACCCAGCAGCAAAUGAAUUUAUCCCUACAAACUUUAAUUUAGUGAAAUUAGAAGAGCCAAAACCAGUAAAAGUCUAUAAUUCUGAUAUGGUAGAAGCUUGGUAUAACACAGAUAUUUCAUAUAGAGAUUCCCGUGCGAAUGCAUUUAUUGCUUUAUUUAUUCCAAAUUUCAGAUCCACAGCUCUACGCUCAGUGACUGUAGAUGUCAUAGCUGAAGUCUUACAAAAUGAUAUAAAUGAUGAGUUUGGGUACCAGGCAAGCUACGCUGGGUUUAAUAUCUCAAUUGAUGCUCUUGAUAACUGCUUUGAAAUCAAAGUCAAUGGAUUUGCAGAUAAGCUUGAAGCUUUAAUUGAAAAAAUAAUGGAAUAUAUUUAUACAUCGUAUCCUAAUGAAAAUUCUAUAAGACUUAUAAUAUGCUGUUAUAGGUGAAUAUAUAAUAAAAAAAAAAAUUACCAUUAAUUAGUUUAUUUUAUUGAUAAAUAGCAUAGAAAGGCUAAUCCAAAAAUACAAAAACGCUAACAUCGACCCAAAAGCUCACUCAAGAAAUGCACGACUUGUCUUUUUGCAGCACCAACAAUAUCUAGAAGAACAUAAAUUAGAAGUAAUCCAGCAGCUUGCAACAUCAGAAAUUACAUGCAACCUAGCCCAUGUAAAAGUUCUCAUAUAUAUGACCGGAAAUAUCCCUAAAAGUGACGUCUCAGAUUUAAGUGAAUUUACUGAAGGUUUAUUAUUUGCCGCUGAAGGCAAAAGAGUCAAAAAUUUUUCACCCAGAACUGUAAUGCUUCUUAGAGACCAAAUUUUAGAGUGAAAAUUAAAUGCAGUAGACCCAGCAAAUGGAUGCUCAGUCAUUGAAAUUUAUUACCAAUUUGGGACAGCUACAAUUGAAGAAAGGGCAAUGGCAUCUUUAUUAGAACAAAUUUUAGAUGAGGAUGCUUUUGAUGAGUUAAGGACUAAUCAGCAGCUGGGGUAUUAUGUGGCUGUUUCUUCGAGAAUGACUAGAGGAAUGUCAGGAUUUUUAAUCAAGCUUUGCUCAACAGAGUAUAAUCCUGACUAUUUAAUGGAAAAAAUUAACGAAUUUUUGAGAGAAAGCAAAGAAGAUUUAAGUGAAAAUUUCAAAGAGCAUAAAAAAGCAGUAAUUUCGAAGAAAAAAGAGCCUUUUCAUAGCUUAAACGACAAAAGUGAAUAUUUUUGGCAAGAAAUUCUGCAGAGGAAUUUUGAGUUUGACAGAAGGGAAAAGGAAAUUGAAUUUUUGAAAAAAUUGAAAAUUGAAGAUUUUAAUAAUUGGCUUACGGUGCAUAAGUUUAUUGAUAGGGCUUUUGUAGUCAAAGUUUAUGCAUCGAAAUGAGGAGAAGUUCGUGAUGAAUACUCAGAACAGCUGAAAACUGAUCCAGAUACAUUUAGAAGUCGAUAUCCAUGCUAUUCUUGGCUUCCUAUUAAUUAA